AUGAAUAUUUUUAGAGCCAAGAUCCAAAAUUUACAUUUUAGAGCAAAAUCGAAUUAUCCAGGUAUUUCAUUAUAAUAUUUUAAUUUAAUUUCAUACAAUAAAUGUGGUAAAUACUUAGAGAAUAUAUAAACUGCUAGAAGUGUAAGCCAUACAAAUAGUAUUGAUGAUCCAUUUAUGAUAAACAGAGAAUUUAAACCAUCAAUUUAGAUCUUUUUAGGUAUUUGUUAAAGAUCAUCAUAAACAAUAUAAGGAUCAAUUAAUUCUUAAAGAUUCAAAUAUUUCGAGAAAAAGCUGAGUUAUGCAAAACCAAAAAAAUCAAAAAAUGAUUCUAAGUUAAAAGGAUAUUAAGCGUUAAUGUACUUUAAGUAUGAUAACAUUUAUAUUGUAUCUAAUAGAUUAUAAAAAAUAUCUAAUCCACCAAGUAAAAUUGCUCCUCCAGCCAUGGUAGCCAUAAUAUACAAUAAUAUCUAAUUACUAGAUGCAGCCAUUUCUACUUGAGUUGCUUCUGUUUAAUCUAUGAAAAUAUAGUCUGGAAUGAUAGUAGAAACUUCAGAUAAUAUUUAUGGGAA